AAGAGAUUUAGGUCUGAAAAUUAGACCGAAAGGUAAAUCUAAAAUGAAACUAUAACAUGUUUAUCUUUUAUUAAGAAAACCCCUAAAAAAAGCGGAAUAUUACACUUCGACCAUAAUCAAUUUCCUGAUUGCUAUGUGUGAGUGAAUCAACAAUCCAAAGUUUGAAAAUAUUUUUUAUUAUAUUGUUAAUUACGAUAUAUGGAUAAUUAUGGCAAUAAAUUAUUAUAGACUGAUGAUCAUAUCUACACUUAUACUAAAAAUACAUUUUUAAGUUUUAACACUUUAAACACUGCUCUGUAUUUCGUUUGUGUAGGUCGCUGCGCCCCUCCUAUUUUUGGUCUGAUGCGUUUACGUGUCGACUACAUUGAAUAUUUGAUCGCACAACUAGAACAUGCCAUACAAAAAUGUAUAUGAAUUGGACGCGUAUAAUAUGCAUCAGUGGUCCGUUUCAAAAAAAGUCUGUUGACGCGUAUACGCAUGUUUUAUCAUUUUCAGUUGUAAUAAUUCAUAUAGACCUGUGACUUUCAACUGUAAUAUGCCAAGUCCCCACUUCAUUUAAUCAAGUUGAAGAUGAGACAUAUAGUCCAGAAUUUGACAUCGGUUCUCUACCAAAACAUUAUGAUUAUAACCCAUUUGUAUCUGAUGAAGAUGUAGAAUCAGAUAAAGAAGACUUACCUCGUCUUAUUCUUAUGGGACUAAGAGGAAGUGGAAAAACAUCAAUACAAAAAGUUGUUUUUCAAAAAAUGUCCCCUAAUGAGACUUUAUUUGUGGGUAGCAAUAAUUCUGUGCUUAAAGAUGACAUCAAUAAUUCAGCUUUUGUAAAUUUUCAAAUAUGUGACUUUCCUGGUCAUUUCGACUUCACUGAUCCUGAAUAUGAUGCAGAAACCGUAUUUACUGGAUGUGAAGCUCUUAUUUUUGUUAUUGAUGCUCAGGACGCUAUAGCUAGUGCUUUGAAUCGUUUGCAUUCUGUUGUCACAAAAGCACACAAAGUGAACAAUAAUAUAAAAUUUGAAGUUUUUAUUCAUAAAGUUGAUGGACUUACUGAAGAUACUAAAAUGGAAACUCAAAGAGAAAUCCACCAACGAGCUAACGAUGACUUAGUAGACUCUGGGGAUGAUCAAAAAAUUUAUAUCAGUUUCCACUUGACAUCUAUUUACGACCAUAGUAUAUUUGAAGCAUUUAGUAGAGUUGUUCAAAAAAUGAUUCCUCAAUACGCAACACUUGAACAUUUUCUUAAUAUUAUUAUACAGACUUCAGGAAUUGAAAAAGCAUUCUUGUUUGAUGUAAAAACUAAGAUAUAUGUUGCUACUGAUUCAUCACCUGUUGAUAUGCAAAGCUAUGAACUUUGUUGUGAUAUGAUUGAUGUAGUUAUAGAUUUAUCCAAUAUUUAUGGUUUAGGAGAAACUCCUAAAUCAAUGACAGAUCCUUCAUUUGACAAUCAAAGUUCUAGUCUUAUCAAACUCAAUAACGGUACAAUUUUGUAUUUACGAGAAGUUUGUAGUUUUUUGGCAUUAGUUUGUAUUUUGAGAGAAGAUAAUUUUGAAAAACAAAGAAUCAUAGACUAUAAUUUCAUGAUUUUACGAAAAGCCAUACAUAGUUUAUUUGAAUUAAAAGCUAAGGAAAAAGAAAAUGUGCUAAGCAAUAAACCACCAUCUCUGAAAUAGUAACACCAGUUUAUAGUUAAGUAUACAUUAAAAUAUUAUUAGUUUUUGUAUUAUAUAUUUGUAAUGUUGUUUAAAUAAAAUUUACUACUAAAGAAGUAUUGUAACCAAAUUAUUCUUGAAUACCUGUUAAUUAAUAUAAAAGAUUGUUAUAUAUCUAACCUAAGGUCGAGAAUUAACUUGCAAUAAAAUUUUACAUUUUAAUCUUAAAAUAGUUAUUCUAAACAAUUAAAUUU